UCAACUCCAUCAUUGGCAAUUUUGUUUCCAUUUAUCUCUAACUUUUAAGUCUUAUUGACUACAUGACUAAUUCAUCACAACGCAUAGAUAAUUGAGCUUCCCCAUUAGCGCGCGUUAUCUAAUUCUAGUUCUUUCACAAUCAAGGAAAUCUGAGCGUCUGCGAGUGUUGAACACUACGAACACCAUCAUGUCAGCUGCACUCGAAAAACGCGAGCAUCUCUACAAAGUGCUCGUUAUCGGCGAACUUGGCGUCGGCAAGACGAGCAUCAUCAAACGCUACGUCCACCAGUUUUUCUCCGUGCACUACAGAGCGACGAUUGGUGUGGAUUUUGCCCUGAAGGUUUUGAAUUGGGAUCAGAAUACGUUGAUUAGGUUGCAGCUAUGGGAUAUUGCAGGUCAGGAACGGUAUGGGAACAUGACAAGGGUUUACUAUAAAGAAGCAGUGGGAGCAUUCAUUGUGUUCGAUGUCACACGAGCGUCAACAUUCGAAGCCGUCCAGAAAUGGAAAAACGACUUAGACGCUAAAGUCCAACUUCCAGAUGGAAAACCAGUCCCUUGUAUUUUACUAGCAAACAAGUGUGAUCAAGCCAAAGAAGGUUUAGUCAACAACAAGCAUCAAAUGGAUGAAUACUGUCAGGACAAAGGCUUUCUCAAGUGGUUUGAAACGUCAGCGAAGGAUAACAUUAAUAUUGACGAGGCAGCAAAUUGUCUAGUCUCGAAGAUUUUGGAAAACAACGAUUCAAACGAAUGGGACAGAGACAGCGAUGUUGUGGAUCCCACAGAAACUUUGCCACAAAAACAACGGAGUGGGUGUUGUUAGCUGUCUAGUUGUCUUCAGGGUUUAGAUCCAUUGGGUUGCUCACUAGAACUGUGCUUGUUGAUUAGUUUGCCGCCUGAUAUGUUUAUUUUACUAAUUUAUGGAUUUUAAAACUCCAGGAAUUGAAUUUUGUAGAAACGUGCAGUGCUUGUAAUCGACUGUAGAUGUGUUGCUGAUGAGUAUACAUGUACAUGUGUCUCA